AUGAGUCUUCCUCAGUGGGUCGAGAGCCAGCACAAGGCGUUCACUCGCUGGUGCAACAUGAACCUGGCUGCCGCGGGGCACCAACCGCUGGACGAUUUGCGGACCGAUUUUACCUCUGGAGUUAAUCUGGUAAAGCUAAUGGAGGCCGUAUCACACGAGUCUAUGGGCAAAUACUACUCUAAACCGAGCACCAUGCAAAAAUACGAAAAUAUCUCUAUCGUCCUGGACUACCUGAAACACCAGGGGGUUAUCCUGUACGGGAUUGGUGCCCCUGACAUUGCUGACGGGAACUUGAAGCUGAUUUUGGGGCUGAUCUGGUCAAUGAUCCUCAAGUAUACUGUACAGGAAAUCAAUGAAGAAGGCCACAGUGCCAAAGAGGGCCUGCUUUUGUGGUGUCAACGCAAGACGGCGGACUACGACGAUGUUGAAAUUAGGGACUUUCAAUCGAGCUGGAAAUCCGGGCUGGCAUUUGCUGCGCUAUUGGAUCACUUUAGGCCCGAUCUGCUCGACUACGCUACAAUUGACAAGUCGGAUCCGGCUAAACUCCUCGAGAUGAGUUUAAAUGCUGCCCAGCAAGCUGGAAUCCCAAACUUGUUGGAGGUUGACGAUAUCUUAAAUGGCCAGGAUGAAAAAACUAUGGUGACUUAUCUUGCGUAUUGGUUCCACACUUUCAAUUCACUGGAAAACGUUGAACGAGCCGGCGGUCAUGUUGAGCGCUUUAUAGACGUGUAUUCUACGGCAAUGCGGAUGAGAAAAGAGUACGAGCGCCGCAUGAAGACACUGAUAAAUGAACUACAGCAAUCUAUAAACAAGUGGGAACUUGUGGAGGCCCAAACUCUGCUCGAGGUGAUCAAACAUCAUGACGAUCUACUUGAACACAAAUCCAACACCAAGCGUAAAUGGAUCUCCGAACGAACAGCACUGGCUGAGCUAUUGGGCAAUAUUCGGGUCAAACUCUCAACCUACAGGCUCCGUGAAUACAAGACCCCUGACGAGCUGUCGAUGCCCUAUUUGAACAAAGUAUGGGCCCAGAUGUUACACGCCGAAACUAACUGGUCGAAAAAAGUCGCCGGUGCUUUCCAAAAAUACCGAGAGCAGGCAUGCCAGGAGUUUGCAGACCUUGCUAAUGAUUUGUCUAUCAUUCUCACUACUAUUUCAAACAAAAUAUCCGACGUCUCGGGUGAGCUUGAAGAUCAACUGCUUAUGAUCUCCCAAACUAGCGAGACUCUGGCGCCCCUUGAUGCGACAUUGGACAGACUUUUUGAGCUAGACGAGAAUUGCCGCUUGCUUGGCGUUGAGGAAAACGAUCAUACCAUGUACUCUUAUGACGAGAUUGCCUACGAGCUCGAUCUCGUCAAACUCAUGGUGGAAAACAAACUGGCAUUUAUUGAAAAUCAUAUGGUUGCGCGGGAAGCUACAAACAUUACACCAGCCCAGCUCGAAGAAUUCGAGAUGGUUUUUCGGCAUUUCGACAAACAAAGCAAAAACACCUUGGAUCGUCGAGAAUUUGAGAGUGCACUGGCCGCAUUGGGCAUAACCUUUCAUACUGAUGCUGAGGCCGAUGAGGUCUGGCAAGAACAAGCAGUUGAUGAUAAGGUCUCAUUCCGAGAUUUCAUCAUGUAUAUGGUAACUGCCACUGAGGACUCGCAAAACAUUGAGCAGGUGCGGCAGUCGUUUGAGGAAAUCAGCUGCGGUAAAAACUAUGUCACGAAACGCGAUUUAGAAAACGCACUAUUGCCUGACGAAACCAUUGGCUCGCUGGUCGAGACAAUGCCCGAACUGGAAAACGGGAAAUAUGACUAUAAGGCGUAUAUUGACCGGAUUAUUACUGAAACAGAGGCAGACGACCGGCCGCCCUCUACAUCAUCUCUAUCAUCUGUUCAGACUGAGAACGGUUCCACGGAUGCGAGCUCUUUUAACUUUUCGUAA